CCUGACAACAGCUGCUGUGAACUACCUGCGCAACAUUUUGAACAUGUCGUCCUGGUGCCUAUGUCUGGUACAGACCAUGAUGAAUUGGCAAGCACUAGCAAGCACCUAGGUACUUGUAAGCAUAACGCAGAUGUCUCCAAACAACUAUAUGUGAUCUAAAGGAUAGCUUUUACAGUUGGUCCUAAUGGAGCGGAUGGGCAUCCUUGGGAACGAUUAAGCCCAAAAUAAAAACAGCGCCAAAAGGACAGGCGCUGAAUAUCGUAGCAAGUGAACUUUGAGUCCCGCUCCGCACAAUCGAAGUCUUCCGAGGGCCAGCAUCGACGCCCUACCUCCCCAACCCUCUGGGUAGCCAACCCCACGCCCCACCCCAACAUGACCGACGCCCCUACAUCCAGAGUCGGCGCUGGCGCAAGCACUGGCGCAGCAGCAACCUCAUCGGCACGACCCGCUGCAGCGCCAGUCAUUCGGAAAUUGGACGAGCAAGUGGUCAACAAAAUCGCAGCUGGAGAGGUCAUUCAGCGACCUGCCUCGGCGCUUAAGGAGAUGCUGGAGAAUUCGCUUGACGCGGGCUCAACGCAGAUCAACGUCCUGGUAAAGGAGGGCGGCAACAAGCUCCUGCAGAUCACGGACAACGGAUGCGGCAUACGGAAAGAGGAUCUGCCCAUCCUGUGCCACCGCCACACCACCUCCAAGCUGCGCGAGUACGAGGACCUUGAGACGCUGUCCACGCUGGGGUUCCGCGGGGAGGCGCUCUGCUCCAUCAGCUUCGUGAGCCACAUGACAGUCACCACCAUGGCGAAAGGGGCGCAGUACGGCUACCGGGUUACCUUCAAGGACAGUGAGAUGGAGGCACCCGGACCGCGACCGGUGGCUGCAGUACCGGGCACCACCAUUACCGUGGAGGACCUCUUCUAUAACGUGCCCACGCGCAGGAAGGCGCUCAAGUCCGCGACUGAGGAGUAUGGGCUGAUACUGGACGUUCUGGGACGCUAUGCCGUAUACAGUACGGGAGUGGCGUUUAGCUGCCGUCGCCACGGGGACGCGAGGCCCGACAUUUCGACAGCGGCGUCAGCGACCAGGGUGGAUGCUGUACGGUCGGUGUACGGCGCUGACGUGGCGCGGGAGCUGCUGCCGCUGAAAGUGGCGGUGGGUGGAGCUACGGGACCAGAGGUGCACAUCGAUGGACCCAUGGGUCUGCGUGUGGAGGGUCUGAUCUCCGGUGCCAACUACAGUAUCGGCAAGAAGACGGUGCUCGUACUCUUCAUCAACGGCCGCUGUGUGGAGUGCGCGCCCUUGCGGCGGGCGCUGGAGGGGCUGUACGGCAGCCUACUGCCCAAGGCGGCACGCCCCUGGAUCUUCCUCGACGUACGGCUGCCCCCGCGGCAGGUGGAGGUCAACAUGCACCCCACCAAGCGGGAAGUGGGAUUCAUGCACCAGGCGGAGAUCAUUGAGGAAAUUCGGCGGGCGGUGGAGGCCAAACUGCUUGCGUCCAACGACUCGCGUACCUUUGCCACCGCAGCCACACUGCAAACGCAGCUGCCCUUUGCGACGCUGCCGCCGCCGCCGCCAUCGCAACGACCUUCGCAGUCCUCACAGCAUCAAGACCAGGAGAAAGGCACCCCGCAGGUUGGCGGGAAUGACGACACUGCAGCUCAAGAGGAGGAGGAGGGGCUAGAGGAGGAACAAGGUUGCGAGGAGGAUGCUGGAGCUAAGCGGCGGCGAAGGGAGUCGGCCACGAGCCGCGGGCUGAAACGUACAGGGAC